AUGGAAUCCAAAGAUCUAAAGCUCCACUUUGUGUUGUUUCCAAUGAUGGCUCCUGGCCACAUGAUUCCUAUGAUAGACAUUGCUAAAAUAUUAGCACAGCAUCAUAACAAUGUUAUUGUUACAAUAGUAACAACUCCACAAAAUGCAUCUCGUUUCUCAUCAAUCUUUCAACGUUUUCUUCAAUCUGGCCUACAGAUUCAUCUAAUCCAACUCCGAUUUCCUUCCAAAGAGUCUGGAUUACCAGAAGGGUGUGAGAAUCUUGACAUGCUUACUUCACUUGGCGCAGCAUCAGACUUUUUCAAUUCAACAAAGUUUCUACAGCAAGAAGCUGAAAAAAUAUUUGAAGAGUUAACACCGCGACCAAGUUGCAUAAUCUCUGAUAUGUGUUUACCAUAUACUAUCCAUGUAGCUAGAAAAUUCAAUGUUCCAAGAAUUUCUUUUUCUGGAGGAAGUUGCUUAUUUCUCCUGUGUAUGCAUACUUUAUUUCUCAAUAAUAUGAUAGAAACUAUGGCUAACAAUGAAUCUGAAUACUUUGUUGUGCCUGGUAUUCCUGACGAAAUUGAAAUGACUGGAGAACAGACAGGACUAAUAGUAUCAAAAGGUGAAGAUUUGAAAGAGUUUCAAUAUGAUGUUGUUGAAGCUGAAAUGGGUACUUAUGGGAUAAUAGUGAAUUCUUUUGAAGAGAUGGAACCCGCUUAUGCAAGGGGUUAUAAAAAGGUGAAAAAUGAUAAAGUUUGGUGUAUUGGUCCUGUAUCACUUAGUAACACUGAUAGCUUGGAUAAGGUUCAAAGAGGUGAUAGUAAUACGAAUGUUUCAGUUGAUGAAUGGAUUCAUCUAAAGUGGCUUGAUUCUCAGAAGCAAGAGAGUGUUAUUUAUGCAUGUCUUGGAAGUUUAUGCAAUUUAACAUUACCACAGAUGAUAGAGCUUGGUUUAGCAUUAGAAGCAACAAAAAGGCCUUUUCUUUGGGUUAUAAGAGAGAGAAAUUAUUUAGAUGAAUUGGAAAAAUGGAUGGAGGAAAGUGGAUUUGAGGGUAGAAUCAAUGGCAGAGGGCUAAUAAUUAAGGGUUGGGCUCCUCAGUUGUUGAUAUUGUCACAUCCUUCAGUUGGAGGAUUUCUAACACAUUGUGGUUGGAAUUCUACCAUAGAAGCAAUAUGUGCUGGUGUACCAAUGGUUACAUUGCCACUUUUUGCAGAUCAAUUUUUUAAUGAAAUUUUGAUUGUGCAGAUAUUAGAAGUUGGUGUGAAAAUUGGGGUGAAGAGUCCAGUGAAAUGGGGUGAAGAAGAGGAAACAAGUGUGUUGGUGAAGAAGGAAGAUAUUGAAAGAGGAAUAGAAAGGUUAAUGGAUGAGAGAAAUGAAAGUGAAGAAAGAAGAAAAAGGAUAAGAGAGUAUGGUGAGAUGGCUAAAAAGGCAGUAGAAAAAGGAGGUUCUUCACACUCUAAUGUUAAUUUGUUUAUACAAGAUGUGAUGGAAAAAAGUAGGGAUAUGGUUGCCAAAGGAACCAAUACAGAAUGA